CGCUAGUGGAGGAGGAGAGAUAGCGAAGAUCAACCGCAAUAGUCAGGCGGAGCUUGGGCCGGGCCUCCCCAAAUCACACCAUGACAACUCACACUUACGUCGAACUUAUCGCCUCAUGGAGGGUUACGAAUUGCCAACCAGAGGAUGAGCACUCGGCUCCGGGAAAAUAUCCAGAACAGCUGGCUGAAGUGCAAAUGCCGGGCAAGCAACUGCCAGCCGAAUCAUGGCAAAUGAGCGAUUCGUUCGGCGUCUGGUGGACUUCUCUCGACACUGUUUAUUUAGCCUCGGCCUAACGGUGAUAAAAACGGAAAAUAAUAACUCAAAAUUUACCACGAGAGUGGAAGAAAAAGUAAAUAAUAAUCAAGGUGUUAUCGAAGAUGAAGAAGAAACAAAUCAACGGUCAUCGUGCUGCAGAAUCUCUCUCCUUUGUCCACCUUAUCGCACUGGCUCGUGGAGUAGUCCAUCAUCCGCUCUUCUGGAGUUUGACCUCCACUCAAUGAAUCAUGCAGCAAGUAGCAGCCGACAUGACUCUGCUCACCAGGACGCUGAUCAUAUUCUACUCUAGUCUACAUUUAAUUCCACUCUACCUGCGACCAGCCAAACUAAUGACUCCUGCGAUGAGGCAAUGUUCUCCUGAAAAGCUGCAAGCGUUGUUGCUUUGCAUAACAAGCACGUUCUGCUU